CAUCUGAAUGGUUCAUUUGAUUACAUGUUUGAGUGUCUGCUGUUUGCCAAAGACUUGAGGGCAUGGUAGUGGAGUGACAGAGUGGGAGGGUCACUGGGCGACUAAUAAGGACCGCGAUCUAGCAAGCGAUCCCACUCUGACUUUUAUUUCCAAGUCUCAGAAUCACGUUUCGGGCUGAUAGUAAUCACACAUGGAUUAUGUUUUCCUCUUUGAUUGACUUGUUUUUGCUUUAGAGAGUGAAAAAAAACUGCACCAAUCGUGUUCGAGUGGAGUUGAGUGUCUGGACAGAAAUGAGUAACCCCGGGAGAUGGACUGCUUUUCUUUGGAUUGUAAAUUUAGUUUGCUGCACUUUUGGCAUGGCAGUGAAUGAAAGAACUGAUGAGACUUGCCCAUCCCUGCACGUUGAGGACCGUCGCUUCUCCGACAGUUUAGAUCGUCCGCUGGCCAUAACAGGGUUUGACCUCACAGAAAAGUUUCUACUGCGGAAGGGGACGGUGGCCGGGAACAGAACAUCCUUUCGAUUGGGAAGCAUCCCGCUUAUUAAACCAACAGAAUUAGUGUUUCCAAAUGGACUUCCAAGUGAAUACUCCUUCGUCACUCUCUACCGUCUUCGAAGAACAACGAAGAAAGACCGCUGGUUCCUAUGGCAGAUAUUUGACCAGACGGGAGGAACUCAGGUGUCCCUGGUCGUGGACGGGGCAAAGCGGGCGGUGGAGUUCUCCUUCCAGGGGCUCCAGAAGAACGCCCUCCACUACACCUUCAAGGGCCGCGACCUCCACGCGCUCUUCGACCGCCAGUGGCACAAGCUGGGCGUGGCCGUGCAGAGCACCGUCGUCUCGCUCUACGUGGACUGCAAGCUGGCGGAGCGGCGGCAGACCGAGGACAUGGCCGACAUCAAGCGCAGCGGACGCACCCUGGUCACCACGCGGGUGGAAGAUGGCCGCCCCGUGGACAUAGAAGUUCAACAAAUCCUUAUCUACUGUGAUCCGUACAUGGCUGAGAUGGAGAACUGCUGUGAGCUGCAGGAAGCCAAGUGGGGAGCCAAUAAGACAUCUGACGAGACCCCCGCUCCCCCGGUGACAGGGCGGCUGCCCCUGAUGCUCUCCCUGCCCGCCGCCCCCCCGCCGCCGCUUGACGGAUGCCCGUGUCCGGCUGAAAAGGUACGAUCAAUCAAAUCCAAUUAUACUGGCCUCCCAGGUUUGGCUGGACUUCCGGGACUUACAGAGGAGAAAGUCUCCCCCCCCUCUCUCCUCUCACAGGGCCCCAAAGGAGACGACGGCAUCGUGGGGGAGCCCGGCCCCAUGGGAUUGCCUGGGCUUGAAGGACUGCCUGGUGCGAAGGGUGACGUCGGCCUGCCUGGUCCCCUUGGAGUUCAAGGCCCUACAGGGAAGCCCGGGAUGCGUGGAGAUCCUGGGUCCUCAGGGGAGCCGGGCGAGAGGGGUCCGCUCGGAGAGACGGGCUUCCCGGGGCCGGAGGGACCGCAAGGUGUUCCCGGAAGGCCUGGCAAAGAUGGGAUUCCUGGAUAUGAGGGUGCCACAGGUAGACCGGGGGAGCGAGGUUCUAAAGGAGAACGGGGCGACCCAGGCAUCCACGGAGCCAGAGGAGUUCAGGGGGAGAGGGGACGGAUGGGGGACCCCGGGAUCAUCGGACCAAUGGGACCCUCGGGCCAGAGAGGAGACCCCGGACCCCCCGGUCAACUAAAUGAUGCCAGCUCCAUGGAGGAAAUUAAAAUGUUUAUCCGAAAUGAAGUGUUGCGGGUGUUUGAAGAAAAAUUAUCCAGCUAUACCACCCUGCAGAAGACCCCAGUCGGCCUGCUGGCAUCCCACGUAACGCAGGGCCCCCCCGGGCCCUCGGGCAAGGACGGUACCCCGGGCCCUUCAGGAGAACCAGGGCCCCCUGGCCCUCAAGGUUACAGAGGUCAGAAGGGGGAGAGGGGUCAGCUGGGUCUUGGCCUACCAGGAGAACCGGGGGCGACAGGCGCACCAGGCCCAGCGGGGGUCUCUUCUCCGGGCCUGCCUGGUACCCAGGGCCCCCACGGUCCCCCCGGGCGGUGUGAACCCGGGGACUGCCUCCCUCUGGCCUCCAGAAGCCGUCGUAACGGCUAAGCUGGUCGCCUGAAGACCGGGUCCCAUGUCCGGUCUGAGCAGAAGACCUAGAACGGGGAACACCCCCCCCCCCCCCAUGUGGGAGGCGGAGCCACGCCCCCAUAAUGACAUUUCACCGCGGCCGACGGCGGUUGCAAUUUUUGUUUGUUGUUUUUGUUUUUCGUUCCUUGUGUGCGUGCGUGUGUGUUAACCCUUGCAGCAAUCGGAA